UCCACACAUGCAGUCACAGAUUUCUGUCUCAGUUCAUGCCCAAGAAACGGAGAAAAAUGUUGACAAAAUUAUUCUACAUGUUCUGGGUAAUGAAUUGUGUUUGGUUUCAUUUACUGCUGGUACCUGUGACAGGACAGUUAACUGCUGAUGAUGGAGCACCAGAAGGUUCCAAUCCACUUCGGGCAUAUUUAACGGUGGCUAUUGUCCUGCUUGUGAUGGUUUUGGUAGUGUGCCUUGCAGCUAUCAUUGGAGUAGCUCUCAUCUAUUUUAAACUGAGCCAGAUCCAGAAAAUGCUGUCAGAAAAAGAUGAAGAGACAUAUGCACAAAUUGGCUCCAACCUACCUCAUUUUACACAUGUAAGAAAGGAUCAGGACUUGACCAGUACCAGCGCAAACACAAAAGGAAACAAUGCCAUCAUGGAAACAAGCAAUGAACAUGACAAGGAAAAGAGGCCAAGCAAUUGUCGUUACCUCAAGCUUCCUGACAGGGUAGUUCAAGCCAUUUCUCUGGAGUUCCCUAAAGAAGCAAAACAUGACACAGAAGCAACAACACACUCCAAAGGGGCCAGAAUGAAUGGACAAUUGACAGAGAAUAUCCCAAAAUAUUCCUCACCACCAUCUUAUGACAAUUUUUCCAGGAAUAGCUCUCCAGGAGAGCUGAAUAAUUCCCAGAGGAACAUCCUUCAGCAGUCCAAAGAAUCUCAAACAUUCAGUCCUGCUGCAAGCAAUGAUUCCAUCAUUACUCAAACCAAUCAGAAAGCUGCAAAGAAGACAAAGGUGCAGCCAGUAGCAGUGAGUCCAGAGUCCUCUUCUCUUGACUCAAAUAAUUAUGCCAUUUAUGAUGUUCCUCGGCCUUGCACUUGCUCCAUGACGUGCCAUGCUGUUCCGUGGCCUUCUCCGGCUUCAGAUUUCCACCACAAUCCUUUGAAGCGCUCCUUUAGUGAGAUUGGCCCUUCGGCUUUCGAAGUACCCCUCGAAAUAGUCCAGGAUAACAAGUAUGCAGUGCCUAGACCUGUGACUUUUCCAAGCCAUGGAAACUAUGAAACUGAAUUUAAAGAUAUGACAAAAUCAUCAUCCAAGGACUCGGGCGUGCUUUCCUGCGUAGACUCCCAAUUGCUGGAUUUCAUACCUGAGGGGAAUGAGCCCCAUCUUGACUCAAAAAAUAAUCUGGAGAACAAGCAAAGACAAGCUGCUGAUAAGGAAUCCAUUGAAAACAAAACUGUAUUUAUUUAAAAUAAUUGUUAACUAGGAAUCCUAAGUGUGCAUAAAAUAAGCAAUCUGCCUGUCAAUUUCAAAAGAAAGGUUUAUCAUGUAUACUUUCAAACAAAACUGAUGGUAACAUCCAGUGUUAUUGAUCAUUUAUUGUUGGCUAUAAGUUUAGACUUCUAGUAUAACUAAGUAAGGGUGCAUUAGUUUACCAGCUUUUUAUUUCAGUAAGAGCAGUCCCAGUCCAUAGCAAGCAGAAAUUUCUACAUCAAGCAAUUAUGAUGCAGGGGUACAUCCUAGGAUGUGCUGGGACCUGCCACCACUGAUGUAACCUGGGAUCGUUGGGUGUUUUGGGCAUUUCAACCCUUGCCCAGGCGACCCAGCCUGGGUCAAUCAGGUCCCGGCUUGUAUCCCAGCAGCACUGAUCUGCUCUUUCUCCAUAGCCUUCUGGAGGCUCACUCAGCAGCCUCUGUGAUGGUCCUGAUCGCUUUUAUUCUUUGCAGCCCCCAUAAUGCCAAGGAGAGACUAGGUUCUCCACAAUGAGCAGCCAGCAAAACCUCAAAUACAGGGGACACCUUAGAGAGAAUUCCAACCUUUGGUCCAACAACCUACAAAAACAUAACCACACUCUAGAGCACUGACUUAGAUAGCGAAGUAUUCUACUGGAGCAAAAUAGCUGUAUAGUAUUUAUUUCAGUUGCAUUAUUCAUCAUGCAUACAUCUCAAUAAUAUGUAAUCAGAUGAUCAGAAUUACAAUUCUGAGCACUACAAUUUGGAAGGAUGAAAAGACUUUGAUAAUUGUGCUGUGAACUUCUCCCAGAAGAGCUUGGAGCUGGGAGUUCUAUGCUGAACAGAGAAGGUUAAGAAAUUAAAAAUGUUGCUCGUAAGUCUGAGGUGCUUUUAUAGAGUGAACAAUUUUGCUCUGGCAGAACAAUCAGAGAGUAAAGGACCUAAGAGUAAGAGAAUUAGGAAGAAAGGUCACCAGUGACACAAUGAGAGCGAGAACGCUGGAAGCCUCUAAGCUUGCCAUGCCAAGCAAAUGCAUGCAGUCAGUUAAACGUCUGAUCCAGCAGGCGGGUAGCAGCAUAACUUGGUGCUGUAUGAGCCAAUCACUGGGGAACCAGGAAAUUUAAGACAAUACUUAUAAUAGUAAUUAGGUGCAGCUUCUUGGAGAAUCUUGGGAUCGGGAAGAGAACACCAAGGGCAAAGAGGUGUAAACGUCUUGGGACCGAGGUAGCAUGACUCUUCUGGCCCUGGAAUCUCUUCCUAUAAUCAUCACGUAUGGACAAACCACGGUAAAGUCAUGCCAUAAACUGCCCCAAAAUAAAUCUUUAAAUAAUCUAACAAAAGGGCACUGAUGCAAAAUGCCAACUCUGUUUGCCUCACUACAGAUGUUGGCUGACCAGCUGAGAAACUUUAAAUAAGUAAAACUGGUAAAUUGAUUUUUUAUUGUCACAAGUAAUGAGGUACAAAGAAAAUCUGUUUUGCAUGCCAUCUGUACAGAUCAUUUCAUUAUAACAGUGCAUUGAGGUGCUACAAGGGAAAUCAGUAACCGGAUACAGAAUAAAGUAUUAAAUUUACAGAGGAAGUGCCGUGUAGGCAGCCAAUAAAAUGCAAGUUCUUAACAGUGUAGAUUGAGCAGUCAUGAGUCCAUCUUACUGGCCCGAGGAGCUGUUCAAAAGUCAUAUAACAACAGAAUAGAAACUGUUCCUGAACCUUGUGGUACAUGCUUUCAGCCUUUUGUAUCUUCAGCCUGGCAUGAAGAGAAUGCCUAGGGAGGGUAGGGUCUCUGUGAUGUGUUGGACUGUGUCUAGAGCUCUCUGCAGAUCCUUGUGGUCUCAGGCAAAGCAGUACUCAUACCGAGUUGUGACAUAUCUGCAUAGGAUGCUUCAUAUGGUUUGUUUUGUUUUUAUUUCAAUGUUCCAGCAUUUUCACUUUUCAAUAACUGUGGUCUUACAUGGCUGAAGCAACAAACUGAAUUUAAUCAUGCUUAAAUUCUCUGCCUAUUGUCCUCCAUAGUAAUUCUAAGGGCCAAUAACUUCACAAUUCUUUUUACCAGGUCAUCUUUAACAACAUGCAGUGUAAAUAAAUGUCUGCUCUGCAUUGUCAGAUUGUGGUUUCAAACCCUCCUUUAGCAUGUAAAUGCAUACUAUGGACCACAAAUUCAAUGUCAUCAUUUUAGAGGUAUUAUUCCUGGGACAAGGAAAUAGACCUGCCUGUUAAAUAUCAAAGAUCCCCAAAAUAAAUUGCAGACCUUAUCCCUUGAACCCUGAUCAAUAUGUGUCUUUCAAUUUACAUCUUUAAAUCUAGAUUAUCCUGCUAUUUAUUUUAUUGCAGUUCAUAUGGCCUCAGUCUACAAAAAUAAUUUACAUGCUUCUUUUUACUAAUGCAACAAUUACACUUCAGAAAUACUUUAUUGGCUGCAAACCAUUCGGGAUGCCCUGAUGUUGUGAAGUGGUGCUUAGAGUUACAAGUUCUUUCUAACUUUAGAUAGGUUCAAGAUUCAUUUUAAUAUUAUUGUAAAUGUAGAGCAUUUCUUUCUUUCUUUCCUUCUGAUUUAUUAAAGAGAUGUAAAUUUGUUCUUUUUAUAUAUUUUCACCACUAAACAUAUAUAUAUAUAUAUAUCCUGAUCCCAUUUCAGAGGAAAUACUUCUCCAUCUGUUCCCCAAACUAAGUCCAUUGUCAACCACCCUUUUGCCAAGUGAUUCCUAUUUCUGUUGUGUUCAAGCAUAUGUUGUGCUCCCUUCUCUAGAUAUAUAUGCUUUUAAAUUUGUCCAUGUAAUAUGUGCUUUGGUAGUUGUCCAAUACAUUGCAAAUAGCUCUCUCUUUGUGUAAAAUAAUCCAAAUUUUAAAAAAUAAAG